AUGAGACUGAAUGAACUGGUGAAGAAGGCCAUCUCUAGUCGGGGUUUCCUCCUCGACCCCAUGGAGCAGGAGGAAGACAGAAGCAUGAUUGCAAAGCUGUCAUCUCUCACAGAGAGCAAUUCUCACCCACUGCAUGGCAAAGUUGUCGGCACGGGGCAGCUCCUUCAGUCACAGGCUGCUUCACCCAUGGUGUCAAUACUGGAGGCCAUCUCUGUGCUCCACCCUGACAAGGUGAAUGUGGUGAAGUUCUUUGAGAUGUUCAAAGAUAUGGUGUGGACAUGUCUUGUGUUUGAAAUGUUGGACAUGCAUCUCUACGACCUGAUUGAAGAACGAGAUGGAAAACCACUGUGUCUCCAGGAGAUACGGCCCAUAGCACAGCAGCUGCUGGUUGCCUUGGAUGCCCUAAAGAGUCUUGGGAUCAUCCACACUGACAUCAAGCCUGACAAUAUAAUGAUGGUCCACAAGCAGAGCCAGACCCUCAGGGUAAAACUUAUAGACUUUGGUGAAGCCAUGCUGGCCUCCGAAGCGGAGCCUACGAUGGAAGCUCAACCAAUCGGAUACAGGUCUCCAGAAAUUGCCCUCGGCUUGCCUUUCCAUGAGGCUAUAGAUGUGUGGGGGGUCGGCUGCAUCCUGGCCUUCCUCUACCUGGCUGAUCACCUCUUCCAGGUGCACUGCGAAUAUCAAAUCAAAUCAAAUCAACUUUAUUUAUAUAACACUUUACACACAACAAAGUUACCAAAGGUGUUCCAGUUAAAAGAUUACCGGAGGAACGGACACCCAGAUAAAGGUUCCGGGGUGGGACCAGAGCACAAACUGAGAGUCCUUGAGCUAGAGGUGGCUGCAGUGGAGCACCAGUUCAUCUUCAUCUAUGAAGUUGGAUUCAACCUCAUAAAAAACAAAGGAGGGGAAAGAAUAUCACCGGCCAGCGUGCCAUUGUUGAAGUCCCUGGCCAGCACAGAGGGAACAUCACAAUGUGUGCAGCGAUUACCCACCACGACGUCAUCCAUCACCAUGCUACCCUUGGCCCCUACAACACUGCCCAUCUGA